AUGCGUAAGCUGGCACAGACCCAUGAACGUGACCUUCUGCAACGACCUACAGCAGAGCGGGAUCCCCAGUGUGCGAGCGGGAGGAGAAAAGAGGAAGUGAGGCGCAUGUGUUUAACUGGCGGAGAUGAAAUUAAAAGCGAAACACUGAAGCAGAAGACGGAACUCACUCUGAAACACGUGUUGCAGAAAAACAAGAGAGAGGAAGGAGCCCUGAGCAAGCUCAGAUGUAAGGUGUCAGCGUUGCGUUCGCUGUGCAGUCGUCACUCUGAGAACUUGUCGGCGUUCAGAGCCGUUUACCCCGACAUCGUGAGGACUCACUUUCCUCCGCUGUACCGGGAACUGUUCGGAGGAGACAUGGAGCUCAACAUGGAGCUCAACAUGCACCACAGCGACCUCUGAGAGCGAGGCAACUAGGGAAGAAACAAGGGAGGAAACCAGGGAGGAAACCAGGGAGGAAACAAGGAAACCGGGGAGGAAUCAACGGAGGAAACCAGGAAGGAAACAAGGAAACCGGGCAGGAAUCAAGGAAGGAAACCAGGAAGGAAACCAGGAAGGAAACCAGGACGGUGACAACGAAGGAAACCAGUAAGGAUACCAGGAAGGAAACCAGGAAGGGAACCAGGAAGGGAACCAGGAAGGGAACUAGGAAGGAAACCAGGACGGUGACAACGAAGGAAACCAGUCAGGAUACCAGGAAGGGAACCAGGAAGGGAACUAGGAAGGAAACCAGUAAGGAUACCAGGAAGGGAACCAGGAAGGAAACCAG